AUGAUGGAGCAGGAGGAAUCUGAGUCUGCAGUAGUUGAAGAAGAAACCACAUCCCGCCGUUCUAGAAGGCAUGCAGAUGAGGAUGAAGCACCUGCAGAGGAAUCGAGACGUUCUCGUAGACGGCGUGGAUAUGAUGAUGAUGAAGAGGCACCUGCUGAGGACACAAGUCAAGAGGUUUUUGUUAAAGAUAUAAAGUUUUACUGUUUUGUUUUGUCUUGUGCAUUUUCUUAUUUUUGUUUCUCUCUUUGUUUCUCUCUUUGUUUCUUGUUUAUACUUCCUCUUCUUUCUUAUUUUUCUUUCUUAUUUUUCUUUCUUAUUUUUCUUUCUUAUUUUUCUUUCUUAUUUUUCUUUCUUAUUUUCUUUCUUAUUUUUUUCUUUUCUUAUUUUUUUUCUUUUUUCUUUCUUAUUUUCUUUUAUUUUCUUUUUCUUAUUUUUUUUCUUAUUUUUCUUUUUUUUCUUUCUUAUUUUUCUUUCUUAUUUUUUCUUUCUUUUUUCUUAUUUUUUUUUCUUAUUUUUUUUCUUAUUUUUCUUUCUUAUUUUUUUCUUUUUCUUAUUUUUUUUUCUUAUUUUUUUUUCUUAUUUUUCUUUCUUUUUUUUUUUCUUAUUUUUUUCUUUCUUAUUUUUCUUUCUUAUUUUUUUCUUUUUUCUUUCUUAUUUUCUUUCUUAUUUUUUCUUUCUUUUUUUCUUUCUUAUUUUUCUUUCUUAUUUUUCUUUCUUAUUUUUCUUUCUUAUUUUUCUUUCUUAUUUUUCUUUCUUAUUUUUCUUUCUUAUUUUUCUUUCUUAUUUUUCUUUCUUAUUUUUCUUUCUUAUUUUUCUUUCUUAUUUUUCUUUCUUAUUUUUCUUUCUUAUUUUUCUUUCUUAUUUUUCUUUCUACAAUAA